AUGGACUCUCUGAACAACGCUCUGCGGCCAGUGUUUGUCGUGUUUCAGCUAAUGGGCACGUUUCCCGUAGGUGGAAUCCUUCAACGGAGUCCCAUCGGUUUGCGAUUCAGGUGGCUCUCGGUGCAGUUUCUCUUUUCCCUAACCCUGAUUGGUUUCGGACUGUUAAUGGUCUACAUAGAGUACAAACGGCUGGAGCGGAUUGGAGCAAACGCAAAUAAUACCAUUGGGAUACUGGUGUACGUGGACACCGUACUGAUUAUCGCUUUGCUAGUCAAUCUAGCACGCAAGUGGCGCCCGUUGGCACUUGAAUGGGAACGCGUUGAUCGGGAAUUCCUUGCAAAAGAAACUGGUGAAGCUAAAAAAAGCCUCCGUAAGACCGUUUGGUUCACUUCCGGUGUGAUGAUCGUUUGCGCUUUGUUGGACCACCUCCUCUCGAAAACCGCCGACAUCAUCAACCAAUCAAACGAAGCUAGAUUCUGCAACUGGGAAAUUAAAAGCUCCGCGCACUACUUCGCAUCCCGUCAAUACGCGUUCAUCUUUAAUCACAUCCCGUUCAACAUACCCGUGCUUGCCUUCUUCGAGUACUACACCGCUGCCCUAACGAUGGCCUGGACCUGUCAGGAUCUCCUCAUCAUCCUAACCGGCAUGGCCCUGUCGCACCGUUUCCGUCAAAUCUACGCCCAAAUUCAACCGUUCAGCAGUGGUAUCGUCGUAGCCGCUGAAAAGUUCUGGUCCGACAUCCGGGCCCAACACUCCCUCCUCGGUCAACUGGUGCACGAUACGAACCGUUUGCUAGCUCCGCUGAUCAUCGCCUCAAGCGGCACCAACCUGUACCUGAUCUGCUUCCAACUCCUCAACAUAUCCAAAAAGCAGGAAAGUCUCGCUUCGAGCAUCCACCGCUGGUUUGCCCUGUCCUAUCUGAUCGUGCGGACAACCCUAGUUUUCUAUCAUACCGCCAUGGUCAACGAAACGGCCCGAGCGCCGUUGGCCAUCUGCCGUCGCAUUCCCAACAUUGGCUGGUGUCUGGAGCUGGAACGGCUAGUAGAUCAGCUGCGCAACGAGAGGGUUUCACUGUCCGGGAUGGGAUUCUUCCAUCUCACCAAACGGACGAUGCUGGCGAUGGCUGGAACGGUGGUAACCUACGAGUUGGUGAUGCUGAAGUUUGCUAAAGACACUGAAGGGAUUGGUGACGUGAAGCCGUGCUCGCGGUUGGCUUUCUCCAAGGACACUUAAAAAUGAUUAGGUUCAAAAAGAAUUGUUAUGAAAUAUCUUGGUGACCCAGAAUUCUAAAAUGUCUAGUGCCCACGUGGUU